AUGAUGGUAACUGAUGGAUGUGGACCCGCAAGUUAUUCACUAGCUAGAUCAUUCAAACAAUUUAGCUAUAAUUUACCAAUUGAUGAUAUUUUAACAAUUGAUAAAUAUUUAAUAGGAACUUCAAGGACUCGAUCCUCAUCAUCAUUAGUUACUGAUUCAGCGGCUGGUGCUACUGCUUUCUCAUGUGGUUUAAAAUCAUAUAAUGGUGCCAUUGGAGUAAACUCUGAAAAAAAGCCAUGUGGAACAAUUUUAGAAGCAUUAAAAUUACAGGGUUAUUUAACUGGACUAGUUGUAACUACAAGAAUCACAGAUGCUACUCCUGCGUCAUUUUCAUCUCAUGUUGAAUAUCGAUUUCAAGAAGAUUUAAUUGCACAACAUCAAUUAGGUGAAUAUCCAUUUGGAAGAGCUAUUGAUUUAAUUCUUGGUGGUGGAAGAUGUCAUUUUUUGCCUGUUUCUGAAGGUGGUUGUAGAUUAGAUGAGAGAAAUUUAAUUAAGGAAUAUUCAAAACAAUGGAGUUAUGUUGGAAAUAGACAAGAAUUCGAUUUAUUAAAUGAUGGUAAAAAUGUUUCAUUACCAUUAUUGGGAUUAAUCGCAAAUACAGAUAUUCCUUAUGAAAUUGAUAGAAAAGAUUCAGAAUAUCCAUCAUUGGCUGAACAAGUUAAAGUUGCAUUAAAUGCUUUAGCUAGUAAUACUAAAAAUUCAGAUCAUGGUUUUUUUUUAUUGAUUGAAGGUUCUAGAAUUGAUCAUGCUGGUCAUCAUAAUGAUCCAGCUGCACAAGCAAGAGAAGUAUUAGCAUAUGAUAAAGCAUUUGAAGAAGUGAUUAAAUUUAUAGAUUCAUCAGAUGUAGAUACAAUUGCAAUUUCAACUUCUGAUCAUGAAACAGGUGGAUUAGUUACCGCAAGACAAAUAACUGAAAGUUAUCCGGAUUAUUUAUGGUAUCCGGAGGUUUUAUUGAAUAGUACACAUUCAGGAGAUUACUUAGCUCAUAAAAUCUACAAUUUCAAAAACAAAAAAGAUUCUACAAAGUUGAUCAAUUUUAUUAAAUUUGAAAUUUUUGAGAAAGAUAUGGGUAUUUUAAAUUACACAGAAAAGGAAGUUGAAAAAAUAUUAAACAAAGUAAAUGAUCCUUCUAAAUUGUUAUACGUCCUAAAUGAUAUACUAUCAGUUAGGGCUCAGAUUGGUUGGACUACCCAAGGCCAUUCUGCAGUUGAUGUAAAUAUUUUCGCGCAUACUAAUUCUGAAUCAAUUUAUGAUAAAUUAAAAAAUACAAAGUCUGGGUUGUUUGGUAAUCAUGAAAAUAUUGAAAUCGGAAAAUUUAUGGAAUUUUUAACUGGUUCGGAUUUAAAACACGUUACUGAUUUAAUUAAAGAAACUGAUCCAAAAUCUGAUAAAAUUGAUAUUGAUGAAUUUCAUAAAGUUAUAUAA